GAUCUAUGUGUCUCCGAGUGUCUUAUUCUCAGCUUGUCUCUAAUGGCGGAAGAAGAGCCUUCGUCCUCGCGCUCUCACCUGAAACGGCGUGCUGUCGAAGAUCUUAUCUCUGAAAUCGAGCCGAAUAAGCGCCCCAAGCAGAGAGAAGUGAAAUUCCCCAAAGGGAAGAAGGCUAAGCAGGGGGUUGAGCCCUUGUUCGAUGAUGCCUCUGCAGGUGGUGGCGGACCAGUUCGCUCGACGGACCCUCGGGUCGCUGCAAAGGAGAGGGCGGUCCGUCGGAACCAGAUCACCGCGGAGCUGUUCAAGGACCAGGACAAGGGAACACCUGCAGAUAUCGCCUCGGCGGAGGUCGACUAUGAGGAUGAGGAAAAUUUGGACGACGAGGGUGUUCCCAUCGAGCCUUUCAACUUAAACAAAGAGAGAGAAGAAGGGUAUUUUGAUUCGGCUGGAAAUUUUGUAGAAUACCGAGUUGAGAAAGACGAAAUUAAGGAUGCAUGGAUAGACAGUGUUGGUGUCAGUGUGAGGCCCGUGGAUAAAAGUUUUAAGAAACCUGAGGACACGGGGGAUGAUUACCAUGAUCUCUCUUCUGCAGAAAUUGGAAGGAUCAAGAGACGCAUAGCUAACCUGCUCGAACCAGGAGAAACGGUUUUGCAUGCUUUAAGAAGGCUCAAAGGAACCUCAAAUGAUAAGGGUAAACGAGGAAAAAUGUCUGGAGAAGCAAAGGCUUUAUUUGACCAGCUAACUGAUGAUUCAAUGAAACUAAUGGAGAGUGGUGAUUACAAUGUUUAUCAUGACAAGCAGGAAACUUUCGUGCGAGAAGCAGAGGGAUAUGAGCGCAUAGCCUCUGCAAAGGAUGGCAAACCUGCUGAUGAUGCCAAUGAUCUUGAUUCCCACGUGGCAGGAGAGACAUUUCCAAAGGAUGCAGAGCCAAUGACUGAUGAUAUAUUUUCAAAUGAUGCAGAUCCAGGAGUUGCCUCUAUUUCAAUGCCUAAUUCAGUCCAGGAUAUGUCUGCUGACCAUGAUGCAUUUGACAUGUUUGGUGAGGAGGAUGAGACGGGUACAUCAAACCCAACUACCAAAAACGAUGGUGUGGAUUCUGAUUCAAUUUCUCCACCGUCCCAGGCUGUUGAACCUAGCGAAGACAAUCCUGUUUCCCAAUCAGGAGAUGAUCAGCAAACAGAUUAUGUGUUUGAUGAGUCAUCAGGGUACUAUUACAGUGCCAGCUUGGGAUAUUAUUAUGACCCUACGUCUGGACUUUUUUGCUGCAGUACAUCGGGAAAAUGGUAUGCAUUUAAUGAGCAGAGUAACACAUACGUAGAAGUACAGGAGGACGGGUCAUUUGUUGCAAGUUAGUAGAUGGCUAGUUUUUGCAGUAGCGUCUAUGCUAGGAGCUUCAGGGCGACAUUGAUGACGUUGAUACAUUUAAGACUCGGGAACUUGCCGGGCGUGGGUUGGAGUUGAUCCUUAGCUCAUUUAAAACUUGAGCCGGCCUUAGGUUGGAGUUCGAUCCUUGGCUCAUUUUAAAACUUGAGCCGGCCCUAGGUUGGAGUUCGACCCUUGGCUCAUUUUAAAACUUGGUCCGGGCCUUGCCUGACCUUGCAACUUGCCUGUUUACUUUGGGUCGGGCUGUGUGGGAAUAGGCCCUUUACUGAAGCUUGGAUUAGAGUCACUUUUGGAAUUGAGUACCCAAUAUAGUUUUUAGGUUGAUAAACAGGCAUUUUGUUUUGUAUAAAACUUGAAUCUCCUGGUGUAUUAUCGUCUGCCCUCUUUAUGAUUUUUUUUUUUUUAGUUUAUGAUUUGCUUGGUUUGUCUCUAAUUUUGUUGUUUUACAAUAAGGAUAAGACAUUUUUGGCUGGGGACUUCAUUCGUUUAAAUUAAAGUGGGGAGGUCGCUGUAUAUUGUUUGAUCUGUGCCUAUAAAAUCGGGCUUGGCCCAACCUAUUUGUUA